AUGGAGCUGCAGGCAUUGCUCGUGCUGUGUGGGGUGGGGGUAGCCGGUCUCGCCAUGCUGCUCCUUAUGGGGCUGUUCUCAGCCUCAGGCACCAGCUAUGAAGAGGCAAUUGCUCAACAACGCCGAGCCACCACCGAACUACUUGCUCUUGCUGAAAGCAAAAAUAAGCCUAAGAAAAAGGAGAAGAAGGCAAAUAAAAAGUUAGCGAAGAAGGAGAAGAGCAAGGAGAGUAGUGUGGGGAUGACAGGCAGUGAACAGGAGAGUGAGGCACCCGCUGAGAGUGGAGUAGAAGAUGACUCUGUACCCGCUCCUAAGGGACAUGUUGAGUUCAGCUCGGCUGUUGUGGUAGAUGUGCCCAGGGACACCACUCCUAAUGUCAAGAUCCGCAAACGCGGCAAGGAUCCUAAAGUAAAGCCGAUACUGGUAAACAAAGAGGAUCCGAGUUGCGUUAGCGAUCCGAGUGCGCUGCCAGACUCCACCGCAGUCACUGUCGCCAACCACUUUGAGGAAAUGCAUCCUAAAGAUGAGUUUGAGUUGAUGCAUUCAACACUUGUGGCGGAAAAAGUGCCAGAGAAAGAGAAAGUUGAAGAUGCUGUAGAGAAGAGAGAUACGAAAUCAGUAAAGCCAGCUAAGGGCGCAAAGGCUGUGGCGAAGCCCCCGACCCCUGUUGAAGUCCCCAAGGAAGAGCCCGCUCGUGAGCGACACAACAGUGGCGAGUCAGCCAAGGAACAACGCAAAGGUAAGAAGAUUGAGAAGAAACCCGCGGAGGAGGUGGUAGAGAGUCCUCGCGAGGAAGUUGUCCCGCCGCUGAAUGCUCCGCAGCCGAGCGAGCUUACUACCGACAAAUUGCUGAAGCAAGCCCUAGCCAACGCGCCCGUGCCCGCCCCCGCCCCCGCCUCUUCCCCGCCCGGCAAGAAUAAGAAGAAGAAGCCAGAACCUAAUGUCCUUUCACUCAUGGUAGCGGGUGACAGCGGCGGAGUGAACGUGGGCGAGCUGGUGCGCGUCGUGCGCGAGGCGGCGCUGUCCCGCACCGAGAUACAGAUCCUCACCGACGCACUGCUCAACAAGCACCACGACCCUCUGCCGGAGCACUCCGAGUGGACCGAGGGACCCAAUGACCCGAUGCAGAAGUUGAAGAAGCAGUUGGCUGACAAGGAGAAAGCUCUUGCCGAUGAGAUCGAGGCCUCCCAAGCUCUGCACGCCAAGCUUAAGGAGCUGAGGACGGCCCUGAACGCAGAGCGCACGCGUGCGUUGGGCACGGCCCGCGCGGCCGACCAGGCGGCCGCCAACGCGCGCGCCGAGCUGCACACGCUGCAGGCCAGGCUGCAGAGGCUGCACGACGACAACCAUCAGCUCGGCCAGGAGAAACUCAUGCUGCAGUCUAAGUUGGCCGCGGAGGCCGAGGCGCAAGCCGCUCGAGUUCAAAUGGAACUACACAUCCAGAGACUCUCGGAGUCGGAGGCGGCGCUGGUGGCGCAGCUGACGGCGCUGCAGGGCGAGCUGCAGGCGCACGCGCUGGAGGCGGGGCAGCGCGCCAUGGAGCUGGCGGCGGCGCGCGACGCGGCCGCGCUGGCGCAGCAGCACGCCGCCGACCUGGCGCAGCAGCUGCAGGACGCCAACCGCGCGCUCGCAGACCUCGACGCGCAGCGACACGCCGCGCAGCGCGCCGAGCAGCGCGCGCAACAAGAGCGCGCACAAGCUGUAGCAGAGCUUCAGAACGAAGUGCAGAAAGUGGCGAGUCGCGCACAGAUCGCAGAGAACAACCUCGAAUUGUUGAAAGAGGAGUCUGAGAAACAAAAACAACAGUUGACGACUGAACUAGCGUCAUUGCGUGAGCAGUUGACGACUGAAAUAACGUCGCUGCGUGAGCAGUUAGCUGUGCGUGAGACUGAAUUAGCUGAAAUUAAGCAAUUAAAGGCAACUCCAGCACAGAACGGACUGCCCGCCAACGAUCAGCUUAAGGCUGCGGAGCUGGCGAAGGUGGAGAGUAUAGUGGAGUCGCUGCGGGACGAGCUGGCCGCGGCGCAGCGCAGCUCGCGCGACCAGCGGGACCAGGUCGCCCGUCUGCAGGAACAACUGCGCUCCUACCAGGACAAGAACAACGAGUUGCGAACUAAAAACUGGAAAGUAAUGGAGGCGUUACAAUCUGCCGAAAAGGCUCUACAGAUGAAAGCGGCAAGUGCGAUGCCGGCCCAAGACUCGCUGCGCGAGGCCAUCGCGAAAGCAGAAGAGGCGCAGUACAACGAGGUGGCCAGCGUAUUACGCAAGGCGUGUCCCAGCGCGGCGCCGGCCGCGGGCUCGGGCCGCGAUUGGCUGCAGGACUUCGCCAGCAACCUGCAGGCGCAGCUGCAGCGCUCCGCCGACUCCGCCGCGCAGGACCGACUCAACGACCUCAUCCAGCAGAAUGAACAGUCACAGAGCCUCGUCGAGAAAUACAAGAGGAUCAUCGACGACACUGAGGGAGUUCUGAGCCGCCUACAGCAGAAUGUGACGUUAGAGGAGCAGCGAUGGGCGCAGCAGUUGGCAGACAAACAACGCGAACUAGAUGAUCUCAGGCAGCGCACUGUCAUGCAGAUGCAAAAUAAAAUUGACUCAUUACAAGAGGAACUGCAUCAGGCGAAGAAAUCCAACCACAACCACACGUUUGCUGAUGCAGAACGAACUGCCGAGGAAAUACUUAUGGCUGGUUUGUCUGACAAACACAGUGUAGAUGUUAGCAACGGACCAUUACAGGUGGGGCUCGAAGAGAAAUAA